CAAAACUCUCCCCGCCAAGCUCAUUCAAUCUCUGUACCGCACUUACAAAUACGCCUCACAAUUGACAACCAUUUCCAUUCCGCGCGUCUCUGCAAUUCUUUCCCCACUUGUUCUUCAAACACAUUCGACAGUGGGGGAAUGGAGUUGCUGGCGGAUCUGCUGCUUCCACCAAGGUCUCAACAUCUGGGUAUUUCUGUGGAACAACACCAAAACAAGGAGAACUCUCCUCCAUUUUUAGCAGGCAGAUCGCCAUCACCAUUUUCUGCCCUACAUUUAAUAAAGAGGCAGCCUCUGCAAGAAAUUACCCACCUGUUUGCUACCAGUGCCAAUGCCCAAUCCAUAUAUAAUGGUAGAAGAAUGUCCUCUGUAGCAGAGAGGAGGAGGCUGGUAGAGCAGACAUCAGGUGUUGGGAACAAGAAGAGAAAAUCCCCAAAUCUGUCAGAUGACAGCAAUGUUAGUAGUUCCAAUCUGAAAAGACCAUUGCUCAGAAGAGAUCUCAGAUGAAACGCUGAGGGGUAUCAGGCUUUCACAAGAUUUGUGCUUGUAUAUUGCAAUCAACAAUUCUCUACAAGCUCUGGUCUCAACUCAGCUUUGGAGACAGAUUACCAUAAUAUACCCUUUAAAUUGGCAGCCAUUGUGGUAUUGAAUGAAAACUGGGUAUAAUAGAGUAAGAGAGGCGGGAAUCAAUGGCCUCUUUCGCAGUGUAUAAUGUUUUCAGCAUCAUGAAUAAAAACACCCAUUUUUCCGUA